AUGGCCUCCACGGUAUGGCGGAAGCUCAAGGCGAUCGACCUUAACCCCGAGACGGCCUUCAAGCCAAAGCGCCCCCCUCCCGCCACACGCGAUGUGAUGGUGAACUUGGACUUACCACCCGAAGCCUUUGAUGCGAAGGGACGCGUGAAGAAGAGCUGGGUGUACGUUACCAACCAGAUCAAGUCGUCCAAAUACACAAUUUACAACUUCGUGUUUAAAAACCUGCUGGAGCAGUUCCGACGUGUAGCCAAUGUGUUCUUCUUGGUCCUUGUCAUUCUCCAGUUCUUCCCCGAGUUUACUACGAUCAGUCCGGGUGUGGCUAUGCUUCCUUUGCUCAUUGUCUUGGCUAUCACCAUGAUCAAGGACGGUUACGAGGACAUUAAGCGUCACCAGUCCGACCGUGCGGUCAACCGGCAAAAGACAUACGUGCUUCACGGUAGCGGAUGGAAGAACCAUAACCGCACCGAGGCCAAGUCACGCAGCAUCCGCGUGCUUCUGACGGUCGUGCGGCAGUACUUUUCGCCACGGAGCUGGGGCAUCGGGAAAAAGCCCGCUGCCGCACGAGCACCCGAGGACCCUCAUGUGGUGCACCGUGGCGCGCCCGACGCGCCCCGUGUCACGUCGCCGACGCCCAUGUCGCCCAUUGAGGAGAACGAGCCAGCAGAGUUUGCGACACCGAUGCCCAUGCCGCAGUCGCCGCAUGCCGACACCGGGCCGUGGGAGCGCCAUCCUGCACAUGCCCGCCCCAGCCUCAAUAGUGAGCGCAGCUUCUCCGAGCCGAGCAAGAAGCGCCACAGCUCCAUGAGUGAGCGCUCGUUGCACCACUCUGGCAAAGGACUCCGCUGGCGCAACAAGCACUGGGAGGACCUGCACGUCGGCGACAUUGUCCGGCUCAAUAACAACGACGAAGUUCCGGCUGAUAUUGUCAUUUGCUCGACCAGCGAGGGCGACGGCAGCUGCUACGUCGAGACGCGCAAUCUCGACGGUGAGAUCAAUCUCAAGUCGCGCUAUGCCGUCCCGGAGCUUACCGAGAUGAACACACCCGAGGCCUGCGCCACGGUCCCGUUCCAGAUCGAAGUGGAGCCGCAAAACACGGAUAUGUACCGCUUCAACGCGCGUGCGAUUCUCCACGACGAGCUGAACGACGAGGGCGAGUACCUGCAGUGCCCCAUCACCCUCAACCAGGUGCUCCUGCGUGGCUGUACAGUGCGCAACACCGACUGGGUGAUUGGCGUGGUGACCAUGACCGGUCUCGACUCCAAGAUUGUGCUCAACUCGGGCGAUACGCCGAGCAAGCGCAGCCGCAUGGAGUUCACCAUGAACCGGAUGGUAUAUGUGAACCUUGCCAUCAUUGCGGUUAUUGCUGUCGUGUGCGCCAUUGCUGAUGCGCGCCUCGAGCAGUACUUUUUCCAGCGCACCGCGUACUGGCAGUAUGGCGCGGUGCACGGCGACGAUAAUCCGAAUAUCAACGGUCUUAUCGCCUUUGCCAACUCGCUCAUUACCUUCCAGAACUUUGUCCCGAUCUCACUGUACAUCUCGUUCGAGGUCGUGCGCACUAUUCAGGCUUUGUUUAUUUUUGAGGACCACGACAUGUUCUACGAGAAGGCGUCGCGCCGCACGACGGCCAAGUCCUGGAAUCUGAGUGACGAACUCGGCCAGAUCCAGUACAUUCUCAGUGACAAGACGGGUGCCUUGACGCAGAACCUGAUGAUUUUCCGCGAAUGCUCCAUCGCCGGCACCGUCUACCACGGUGAUGAGCCGCAGGAUAAGGAGAAGGCGAGCACCCAGGAAGAGGAGCCGCCGGCCAACAACCGCAUGCGUGUGCGCCCAUCGCUCGAGGAUGUGCCGCCUUACAAGGAUGCGCGGCUCACCGGGCUCCUCAACAGCCCCUCAGAGAAGCAGUUUGGCGCGGCCGACGACUUCUUCCACUGUUUGUCGCUCUGUCACACGGUGCACAUUGCCAAGACGGACGAGCGCAACGUGAUCAUGUACAAGGCCGAGUCGCCCGACGAACAGGCGCUAGUGCAGACGGCUGCCGACAAUGGCUACGUCUACUGCGGCCGCCACGUGAACACGGUCGAGCUCCAAGUACCGACCAAGGACAAGCGCGAGCGCUACGAGGUCCUGCAUACGAUCGAGUUCUCGUCCGCACGCAAGCGCAUGAGCGUCAUCUUGCGCCGCUACUCGGACAAUGAGAUCAUCAUGUAUUCCAAGGGUGCUGAUGCCAUGAUCUACUCGCGCAUGGGCCCAGGCCAGGAGGACAUGCAGAAGGCCACCGACGGCAACCUCGAGGAGUUUGCCAGCAAGGGUCUGCGUACGCUCUGCCUUGCGCAGCGCACACUGGAUGUCAACGUCUAUAAGACCUGGGCGCACAAGUACCAAGAAGCCUCGGUGUCGACCACCGACCGUGAGGAGCGCAUGGAGGAGCUCGCCAGCGAGCUCGAGCAGGACCUGCAGCUGAUUGGUGCGACGGCCAUCGAGGAUCGUCUGCAGGACGGCGUCCCCGAAACGAUUGCAGACUUGAAGCGCGCCGGUAUCAACAUCUGGGUCGCGACCGGUGACAAGCUCGAGACGGCCGUGGCGAUCGGAUACAGUACCAUGCUUCUGUCGCAAGACAUGAACCUGGUCAUUAUCCGCGGCGGUGCGUACGGCACGACCGGCUCUGCGUACGAGCAGCUGGAGCGCGCGAUUGAGCGCUUCUUUGGUGGUCGUGAGGCGCUUACUGACGUCAAGCACGAGCCGCCGCCUGCGCCCGAUACGCAAGGCGUGUCGCGCACGUCGCACGGUAGCCAGUUGUCGCUCGUGGGCGAGCACAAUGGCGAGCGUCCCGGUGGCUACGCGCUGGUGAUUGACGGUCACGCGCUCGGCUAUGCGCUCGACGAGCCGUACAGCCGCGAGCUUCUUUUGAAGGUCGCAGUGCACUGCCGUGCUGUCGUCUGUUGCCGUGUGUCGCCGCUCCAAAAGGCGCUCAUUGUGCGCCUGGUGCGUGACGGCCUCAAAGGCAUGACGCUUGCGAUCGGCGAUGGUGCAAACGAUGUCUCGAUGAUCCAGGCUGCGCACGUCGGUGUGGGUGUGGCAGGUGAAGAGGGUCUUCAGGCUGUGAACUCGUCCGACUAUGCCAUCGGCCAGUUCCGCUUCCUGAAGCGUCUCUUGCUUGUGCACGGCCACUGGUCGUUCUACCGGAACAGCAAGAUGAUCAACCUGUUCUUUUACAAGCAAGUGGUGCACACCGGUACGCUUUUCUGGUUCCAGAUCUACUGUGCGUGGAGUACGACGCAGGCGAUGGACUAUGUCUACCUGCUGCUCUACAAUGCGAUCUGGACUGUGGCGCCAGUCGUGGGCGUGGGCCUCUUUGACCGCAACGUGUCCGACCGUGUUCUGAUGGAGGUGCCUGAGCUGUAUACGCGCUCGCGUAAAGGCUCGUACUUUGGCAUGGGUCGUUUCUAUUGGUACAUGCUUGAUGGUCUGUACCAAUCGGUGGUGCUCUUCUUCUUCUUCAUGUACUUUUACGACACCACCACGCCCCGCAACGAUGGCUAUGACAUCAACAUUUACGAGCCGACCACCGGCAUGGUGAUGGCGACCGUGCUCCUGGCGAAUCUUUAUUGUGCGCUCGACACGCUUGCGUGGACGUGGUGGAUCGUAUUUGCGGUUUCCAUCGGACCCUUCCUCAUCUUUGUCUUUGCUCCGAUCUAUGCGGCCUUCCCCCCGGCGCUUGCGUACACGUACUCAUGGGGCAACAACUAUGCGCUGUACCGCUCGGUGCAGUUCUGGUUCGCAGGCAUCUUUACCGUGUUCCUUGGAAUUCUGCCGCGCCUCUUGUUCGAGUACUUCCGCAUGCUCAUUGCGCCGACCGACAUCGACUUGCUGCGUAUCGUCGACUCGCGCGACCCCGACCAUGAUUACAUCCACGACCAGCGGAUGCCGGGCAUGCGUGCCGCACAAGCGUACGAGCCGGAAGUGGAGAUGGAAGGCGACACGACGAUGCGCUCUUUCCACGGCGACAGCUACCCGUUAAUGCCGACUGCCAGCCGCACGAGCAGCCGCCACUACGACAUGAGCACGGGCCAAGAGUCCAUCUAUCGUGGCUACUCGUACGCAGCUUCGGACACCCCCUCGCAACGCCCCCGCUCGACGCUGCGCCGCCUCGGCCGCAAGCUCAAGCCCAAGAACCUCCUCCGGAAACGCACACCGCACCAGCCAGAGGAGCCCGACGUUCAUUACACACGCGCUCGCGAGAAUGCAGAGCCGGCCGUUCCUUUGCGUCGCGACGCGAGUGUGUCGCAGUCGGAGGCCUACACAGGCAAGCGGGAGUCGAUGGUCGACGAAUCAGUGAUGCAGGACUCGUCCGCUGAGGAGCCCGUGGCCGCGCCGCCGCUCUUCGGGCAGAAUGAACCCCCGCUGUUUAACCAGGCGCCGUCGCACAGCGUUUCGGACACCUUCUUCUCGGUAAUUGAGCCCGACUCGCCCUCCGGCCGCCAGGUCUCGGGUACGUACGAGACACCGGUACUCGAGAACCCGUUACGCUCGCCGGACCCGCAGGCAUAG